AUCAACACCUGUUUCAGAAGGUUGCCGGUGACAGUUCGUGACGGGUGCUGCAGUGCGGAGCCUGUUCUUCCGGUUGUUUACGUAGUGAACGUGGGAACGUGCCUAGGGAGAAGGGUCAGAUGUCUCCCGGUAGUUAGAAAAAUAACUUCUCCAUUCCCUAAUUUCAUAUUUCCCAAACAGGUAAUAGCCUGAGCAGCAGCUACGAAACCACUGUCUGAAAGAACACGCAGUGGUUAAAAAGUUGUAGCCUGUAGUUGCAACUCGGGGCGGUGAAGCGGCGGUUUCUAGGGCGAUAGGGAAAUGUUUAGCUUUUCUUUGCCAUUGUUGCCGUGAGACUUCAGCCCCUUCAGCCUUCAGUCUCUCCCUGCCAUGGCCGAGGCGAGAGCGGAGGACGAGGACGACAACUUGAGGGAGGCGAGGGACUCUGUCGUUAGACGGAACCCCAGACCGAACAGCUCGUCUUCAGAUCGUCCAGACAGACACAAACCUGAACAUCGCCUCAGCCAGGGCCCCCUCUCCUCCAUCAGGGCUGUCAUCAAGAGGACCUCCACCAGGACCAGCUCCCUCAGUGAGGCCCCCAGGGAGAGGCGUCGUCCAGAGAUCACCAUCCUGUCAGCUGAGCCGCUGGCCGCCACUUCCUGGUUUGCAGGGGCUUCUGGGGGACUGACUCCGCCCCCUCCCCCACCCCCCGCCGCUCAGAUCUGGGGCCCCACCAUCCCCCACGCCGUACAGCCCCCUCCCUCCUAUGAGGAGGUGAUAAGAGAGAAGACCCAGGAGCAAGUGCCCCCCCCGACCCCCUCCAGGCGCUCUGUUACCACAACUACCAUCGCCACGCAGACCGACUCCAUCCACCGAGGCUGCGCCCCCCGAAGCUCCUCCCCCAGAAGCUCCGCCCCCAGAGGUUCUGCCCCCCGAGGCUCCGCCCCCGACCUGACACAGUCCGUGGCCAGGAGACCAGCCAAACCCCCACGCCCCUCCUUCUCUCUGCGUGUGUCUGCUCCUUUCUCCUCUCCAGGACCACACACACACUCCUCUGCACACACACACUCUGAGCCCAGCACACACUCCUCUACACACACACUCUCUGAACCCAGCACACGCUCUGUCACACACACACUCUCCUGUCCUGACCUGCUGAGCGACCUGAUCUCACCUCUGAGCUCUGGGGACCAGACUGACCAAUGGGAGCCUCCCACCCCUGUUGCCGUGACGACUCCCUCCGAUCCUCCCCCUGACCGCCCCAGGCCUCGCCCCCGGCCCCGCUCCAAGGCAAGCCUACGUCCAAUCAGCUGUGAGGUCAAAGUUCAGACGCUGGUCAGGCUGAGGGACGACGGACAGACAGGAAGUGAAAUCACCAACCAGGAAGUGUUCCAGGGGAAGUACCUCCAGGAGCUGCUGGAAGCCUUCAGCUCGGACGACUGGGGCUUCCACGAUCGCCGUAGCAACGGGAGUGGGCCGAGUGAGUCGGGAGAGGAGGAGGAGGGAGAGGAGGGAGAGGAGGGAGAGGAGGAGGAGGAGGGAGAGGAGGAGGAGGAGGACAUGGCCGCACUGAGGGCCAGGAUACAGGCCUUUGAACAACAGCGGGCGGACAGUAACUAUGGAGACAGUAACCUAGGUAAUACAGAGGCGCCCGUUGUUGCCAAGAGACCGGAACCGCGCCCCCGCGCCCAGAAACAAGCUCCGCCCAUCGCUCCGCCCAUUGCCCCAAAGCCGCAGAGCAAAGCAUGCUGGGAAAACAGAAACUCCAUGGUGGACGCCUGGAUCCCCCAACCCAGCGACUCCCUCACCCCCUCCCCUGCCCCCACCCUCACCCCCUCCCCUGCCCCCACCCCCGCCCCGCGCCCCCCUCCCCACAGGAUCUCCCCCAUAGACCUGCCCUCCCUCCCACCUCGCCCCCCUCCCAGACCUCCAGCAGGCCCCAGGGCCAGUGCAGUGAUGCCUCCCCAGGAUAGGAGCACCCUGGCUGGGCAGGUUGUUCUGGCUCUGCCCCCUAAACCCUCCACAGACCUCCAGAGCCCCCCCUCUUCCUCCUCCUCCUCCCUCCCCAAGGCCACGCCCCCUCGUCCAGCUGUCACUCACAAACCAUCAGCACUGACGUCAGACCGCAGAGCCAGCGCAGGAGACUGCAGCCCCCCAGCCCCAGCCUCCAAACCUGGCCUCCGGCCUCCCUCCCCGGCCUCCAAGCCUGGUCUGAGACCCUCAGCCUCUGCCCCAUCCCCAGCCCAAAGGAAGACCCCCCCCUCCAAACCUGAAAGCUCUUCACCUGACCCUCCUCUUCCUCCCCGGCCUUCAGGGGUUAAGCACCUCCCCCUGCGCCCUCCUCCAAUCAGGGCCAGCCCUGGCAGACCACCCCCUCCCCAGACUGGGCCAGCCAAUCAGACACGGGGUCAGAGGGCAAGCCGGAAGGGCCCGCCUCUUCCCCCCAGACCCACACCUGGACACCCUCUCUUCAACAGCUAUAUGAAACAGGAACAGGAAGUGAUGGUGGUUCUGGAGGACACAAGCCCCUCCCCCAAUGAAAGCCUACUGGAUGAUAAAGAGCUUCAGGGAUCAACGAAGGUCAUCACUCCUCUCUCUGACCAAUCAAAACCUCUCCUUGACCUGGACUAUGAAUCAGAACAUGUCGUCCACCAACUCGACCAAUCAGAGCCAGUCUGUAAAGAGAAGAACUUAUCGGAGCUGCAGCUCAUCCUACCAGACCACCUCAGUGAUCAGAAGAACAUGACCACACCAGCACCUGGCAGUGGCCCGCGGUGUGUUGCCAGAUUUGACUUUGAGGGAGCAGACAAGGAUGAGCUCACCUUCUCCCAGGGUGAUGUCAUCGCCCUGAGCGAGGUGAUUGGUCAGGAGUGGGGGCGGGGCCAUGUCCACGGGCGAACGGGGAUCUUCCCCCUCAGCUUCACCCAGGUGGUGGAGGAGCUCUCCCCAUCGUCAGGGAAACGGGAGGUUGCCCAGACGACAUCCGAGCUGACAACGGAGACUAACACACCUGACCACGAUGAGGGGGAGGGCUGGGACGUGGCUCUGUUUGACUUCCCAGGUCAGACUGCAGACGACCUGUCCUUCCUGAAGGGGGCGCUGAUCACAGUGACCCAGCGUGUCGACGCAGCCUGGAGCAGAGGAAGACUGGGCAGCAGGGAGGGCCUCUACCCCUCUGCCUUCACACACACCUGGACAGCUCAGCCAAUAGCAGGCCAGACUAUGGUUGUGGGUGUGGCCCAGGUCUUGUUUGACUUCAGCGCAGAAAGUGAGGAUGAACUGACUCUGAAGGCUGGAGACCUGGUAACAGGGGUGGAGUCUGUGGAUGAGGAGUGGUUUAUUGGGGAUGCAGGUGGGAAGCGUGGUCUGGUGCCCAAAAACUACAUAUCCCUGCUUACCUGAGGGCUACAGAACUACAUAUCCCUGCUGACAUGAGGACUACAUAUCCCUGCUGACCUGAGGACUACAUAUCCCUGCUGACCUGAGGACUACAGAACUACGUGUCUUACAUUCUGGAACUCUUCUAACUGGACAAACUUCUAGAACUCUACUACAUUCUAGAACACUACUACAUUUCAAAACUCUACAAACUUAUAGAACUCUACUACAUUCCAGAACUCUACACUACUACUAUGUUUUGAAACUCAACAUUCUAAAUACUAUUGCAGUUCAAAGAUGAUUGUGGAGGUUGUACUGCUGUUUGUAUUGUGGUCCUAGGGCGGACUAGUUAGACCAGUUCCUCACUGCUGCCUGUGGCCCUGAGCCUGGAAUGUCGGCUCCUGGCACAAGACAGGUCAUGUCAUGGCUGUCGUGUGUUUACGUGUUUGACUGGUUGAUAACUGUGCUACUCUCAAAUUCCUGCCAAGCUUUUUAAUCCAAAUAAAAUCCUGAUGAGAUGUAAUGAUGGUGA